AUGCGGCAACAGUUUCAGGCAGUCGUGCAGCAGCAGCCACAGCAGCAGCACCUGAUUAAACUGCACCAUCAGAACCAGCAACAGAGUGAAAAUGAGUCAGUGCUGAGCCUGCAUAGGAAGUCCUCAGUGCGGACCUAUAAAGUAUUUACAAUUGAAACCUUAGUAGAGCUCCUCGUGCCUGCCUUCCAGGACAACGACACUUCCUACAUCUCUACCAUUUUGUCCACUUACCAGUCCUUUGGGACCACCAAACAGAUCUUAGAGGUCCUUUUCAAAAAGUUUGGAUACAUCCUCAGAAAUGGCGGACCCCAGGACCAAAUACAAAACGCCAUCUCUUCCAUCCAGGGCCUCUGGGUGAACCAAUACCUGGAAGAUUUCUAUGAGCUCCUGGAUUUUCCCUGCCUCCGGCUGCUGGUAGACUACACAGGGCUCAAUAUGCCCGGAUCAGAGCGGGAGCAACGUGCCCGCCUUCUCCUGGUACACAUGGAGCACCUAAAACCCACUGAGGCAGAGCCAGAGGCUCCAGAACCAGCUCUGGAGCUACACACAGCUCCAGCAUCAGCUCUAGUGGCAGCUCUAGAGCUGGAGGCAGCUCCUCUGGAAGCUCCAGAACCAGCUCCAUCGCCAGCCCCAGCAGUUAUACCACAGCUCAGGCAAGUGCCAGCUCCAACACCAGAGCCUUCCUGGCCCUCACUUGUGAGCACAAUGCAUGGAUUGAGAGAAGAGAAGAUGAACAUCUUGUCGUUCCCUCCCAAACUGGUGGCAGAGCACUGGUGGACGUGGUGAGCAGAGCUAUUCAAGAAAGUUGUGCCCUAUGACGACUUAGGCUCCAUCUGGUCCCAGAGGAAGAAGAAGUGCAAGGAACACCUGGUGCCCACCAUUCGUGCCACUGUCACACAGUUUAAUGGUGUGGUGCACUGUGUAAUCACCACCUGCCUGGGGGACAGGAGAACGAAGGUCCCAGACAGGGCCAGGGUGGUGGAGCACUGGAUCGAGGUGGCCAAGGAGUGUCUGAUCCACAGGAACUUCUCCUCACUCCAUGCCAUUCUCUCUGCUUUGCAGAGCACUUCAAUCAAUCCUUUGAAAGACACUUGGGCAGAAGUGUUCAGGUGGGCAUUCUCUCCAAUAGCACUGGAACUCAGCCUCACAACAAGAGGCCAGGAGGACAGUCUCCUGGUCAGUGGUGGGGGCAUGGUGAAGGCAGCUGAUCCAGGGCCUCCUGCUGGGAGAGAAGAGCUGGUCUCUUCUCUGACUCCCUGUGAGACCCUGGACACAUCGCUGCCCCUCUUAGGGCCCCUGUUUUCUUAUGUGGAAAAUGGAAGGUUUGUCACCCUGAAGAUGAACCCCAAGAGGGUCCAGAAGGGGCAACAGCAGAAGGAGAAGGGUGUCAUCCAGGGCACUGUGCCCUACCUGGGAGUGUACCUCACAGACCUGGUGAUGCUGGACACUGCUUUGCCAGAUUUUCUUGAUGGAGGUUUGAUAAACUUCCAGAAGAGGAGAAAGGAGUUUCGUGUGUUACAGGAGAUAAAAUUCAUCCAGUGGGGCUACCAACACUACACCAUCGUGGCCCAGGAGCAAUUUGAGGCCUGGUUCCAGGGCAUCAAGUGUCUCACUGAGACAGAGAGCUACAACCUGUCCUGUGAGCUAAAGCCCCAGACACAGUUGUCCAGGAAGAACACCUAGAGGACUUUACCAUCUUCAAGGGCUGGUGCGAAUUCUGGGCUUGAAACCAGUGAAGCCUGGAACCUGGAAGCCUGA